AUUCCGCUUCGCUUUGCAGCUCUUCCGAGGCAUUAGAUGGCGCUGUCAUGUACAAGAGUGUAUGUCUCAUACCAGAAGCAGCACCAGAACAAGGAUACCAAACACCGAAACGCUGCCUUGUGUUGACCCAGCACUCCAGGCCAAAUGGCAGCAGCUUCUUCAUCGUCCUCCUCCGCCGGAGGGGUUAGCGGGAGCUCCGUUACUGGAUCUGGCUUCAGUGCAUCAGAGCUCAUUCCCCCUAGAAAAGUCCUCUACACUUACCCUAAAGGAGCUGGGGAGAUGAUGGAAGAUGGCUCAGACAGAUUUCUGUGUGAAUCGGUUUUCAGUUAUCAAGUGGCAUCAACGCUAAAACAGGUGAAGCAUGAUCAGCAGGUAUCCCGUAUGGAGAAGUUGGCUAGCCUGGUGGAGGAGCUGGAGGCAGAUGAGUGGAAAUAUAAGCCUAUUGAACAGCUAUUGGGUUUCACAACUUCAUAGCGAACCACUUGCUGCUCACAUCAAUGCAUGAAUUGCAAUGAAUUUUUGUUUAUCAUUUUACUUUUUAAAGAAAAAUUUUUUUUAACCAGAAUGGAAAUGUUUUCGUAUAAUUUAUUUAUGCACAUUUCCCAUAUUUGAAGAACAUACACAGGCUGUAGACUUGAACGAAACUGUUUUGGACAUUUUAAUGGAACUUAAUACUCAAAUGUAAAUAUACUUAUGUUACAGAUCUUGUCACAGCAGACUAAUCACGUGCAAAAGUGUACCCAAACUUUAACAAGUGUUUUUUUGUUUGUUUGUUUUUAAAGAUGUUUUUGUGGAAUAAAACUGCUCUAAUCUACGUGAUUAAAAAGUAUAUAUUAAAUCAUUAAAAUAAAUCAUUUUAUUGAUACUUUCAUCCAUUUCAAAGAGCUACAUAGUAAGUGCACUGUCAGAGUUGCAAUUCUAGAUAUUCUUUGAUAUUUAUUAUUAAAUUGAAAGCAUGAACAAUAUUAUAUUAUUGUAUGUAUGUCAUUUAUUUGUGCUGUUUAGAAACAAAGGCUGAUGGAUCAAUCGAUCUUUGCUACAAAUGCAGCCAGCUGCCUUAGAAGCCCAAACAUAUCUUGUUUUUGUCUUGAGUGUACAGAAGCCCUGUGCUAUUUUCCACGCUCCUGCACAGUUGCUAUUAAUUUUAGUGCUGUGGUCUAUGAGGUUAUCCUCCCCCUCACUGUGUUUGUAUGAGAGAGAGAGAGGGCGAGCGAGCGAGCGCAUAUAGCCUACUUGUACCCGCAGCUGUAGAAACAGGAGAAGACAAAGUGAGAGAGAGUGGGUGCAGGGAGACAGCAAAUAAAACCCACACUCUUUGUCCUAAAAAAAAAAUGUUAAGUGCUGUGUUCAUAACAAGUUCUCAGAGCACUACGCAUAUGCAUACUUAGAACUAAUGUAUUUUUCAUAGUUGUUUUUUAACUAUUUUUUUUGACUGAUAAAAUAAUAAUCUGUGCA